GAUCGCGCGCGGCGCGAGGCGAACGUCAGAUCCCUCGAGGGUCGGAAAAAAACUCUGACGCUUCCGAAGGACAACAGCGGAGCCGCGAGGCGCGGGGGCGAGGAACGCGGCGACGCGCGGGCGAUCGCGGCGCGAUGAGCGGCCUCGAGAGCCUCAUGACGGACUUCUCGCUCACCGGGAGCGUGAAGAAAGGGCCGAGCAUGAACGCGGCGAAGUCGAUGACGAGCGCGAUGGCGGGCACUCCGAGCAGCGGCAGCGCGAUGCCCGCGGAGGCGAUCGACGCGAACGAUCCCUUCUGGUUCGCUUCGUCGUCCUCCUCCUCCGCGGCGGCGAAGCCGAAGCCGCCGCCUUCGGGGGGUGCCGGCGGCGGCGCGGACGUGGACGACAUCUUCGGUCUCGGCAUCGGCGGCGGCAUCGGCGGCGGCGCGACUCCGAUGUCCGCGGCGAGACCGAUCCCGCACCAGCGGGCCGCGUCCGGCGGCGGAGGGAUGGACUUCUUCUCGUCCUCCCCCGCGCGCUCGCGCUCCCCCGCGAUGGGGUUCUCUCCCGCGGCGCCGGGUCUCGCGAACUCGAUGAAGAAAAAGAGCGGCAUGGCCGGCGACGCGUUCGAUUUCGCCAACGUGGACGACCUUCUCGGCGGCGGGCGACCGAUGAGCGGCGCGCCGAUGCGGACGCAGAGCAUCGACGACCUGUUGGGGGGCGCCGGCACCGCGUCGGGGGCGAGCAGCGGGCCGGGGAGCGCCGUCGUCGGCGGCGGCGGCGCGGCGGGCGACGACGAUCUCCUCGGCGCGCUGUUCGGCGAGACGACGACGACGACGAGCAGGACGGCGAGCGGUUCGAAACUUGAUGGAUUGGGCGCGCCCGCGUCCACGAGCGGGGGGGGCACGGCCGCGAGCAGCGCGAACGAUUUACUCGACGGCGCGGAUGAUUUUUUCAGCGGCGGCGGCGGCGUCGCGAGCGGCAUCGCGAGCGCGAAGGACAGCCCCGCCUCGGCUGGUUCAGGGCACGACGAGCUCGACUUAUCGGGCGUCAUGGACGACGGAGAGUCACCGACGCUCGUCGAGGACACCACCGGGCGGGGAUACGACCGCGGGAGGAGCGCGGUCGAGGACGCGUCAGAGAUUGAGCCGGCGGUUCCGGAGCCGACGCCGUCGACGACGACGGCGGCGGCGUCGGCGGACGACGGUCUCGCGGGGUUCGAGGAUUUCUUCUCCCCGGGAGGAGCCGCCGCGACCUCGAGCGGAGCCGCCGCGUCAGGCGGCGGCGGCGGCGGGUUGGACUCGCUCGAGGACCUUCUCAGGGCUUCGACCACGGGCGGCGGCGGGAAAGGUAAGGGCGGCGGCAUGUCCCUCGGUUCGGACAAAAUGGACGACCUCUUCGGUCCGCCCGUUCAUCCCAGCGGCGGCGGCGUUCCCGCGGCGGCGGUCAUCGACGACAUGUUCGGCGCGAUGAUGGGCGGGGGUCGGGCCAACGCGGCGCCCGCGGCGGCGUCGGCCGAUGAAUUUUCAUACGCCCCCGACAGCGACGACGAGGACCGAGAGGGCGACACCCGGGAGCGGAAGGAGGCGCGGCGGCGAAGACACGAACGCGUCAAGGCGGCGAUCGACGCGAAGCUCCAGGAGAAGCGCGACCGCGAAUCCCGAGCGCUCGCGGACCAGGCGGAGCGGCAGAUGCUGAAGGACAUGAUCGGCGCGGACAUCGACGAGUGGCUCCGCGUGAAUCAAAACAACGUCCGGACGAUGCUCGCCAACUUGGGCGACGUGCUCUGGCAGAACCACGGGUACAAGAGCCCGUCGAUGAACGACCUUCUGAACCCGCCGAGCGUGAAGAAAUGCUACCACAGGGCGCUGAUCUUGAUCCACCCGGACAAGGUGCGACAGCGCGGCGGGGACACGUCGAUGAUUUACAUCGCGGACAAGGUUUUCGACCAAGUCCGGGACGCGUACAAGGCGUUCGAAGCGAAGGAGAUGUAGACGUGAUGAGGAGUCGUAUGCAGUGGUAGGCGCGAGUCGAUCUGAUGUGUUCUACUUCCCCUCCUCCCUCUUCUUCUAAUACGACGACGCCGCUACGAUGCUAUC